UUUAUUAGCUCGCCACAUUAAAUAUUUAGCGUGAAUAUGGUUGUGGUUUGCGGUAUAACAUAAAUCAGUGCCUUUAUAAUUCUUUUACCCACAUUAUGUUGUCAAGUUCAUGUCUGAAUUUAAGAGGAAUAAACCGUGCAGAAAAUGACACGCGUACCAUAUAACUUACAACUCGAUACAAAUGAACAAGGAAGUUCCUGAUAGAAUGAAAGCGGGUGGAUUUCCGUCCUUCUGUUUUCAUAGUUUCUUCAAUCGGACUGUUGGUGCAAGAACUUCGUUUAAAGAAACUUGCAGGGUUUGCCAAGUUAUGGAAGAUGUGUCGACGACCAACACACGCGAUUUGUCUGUCUAACUUAUUUAGUUGUCAAAAAUCAUGUAUUGUGAGCGAGUCUGGGAAAUCCUCCUCACAUUCAUCGAUGAUAUGAGAGUAUGGUGUGCUUUUACAUUUGACUUGCCGGUCAUAUAGGAAAUUGGCUUUAUUUAACACUUCUGCUGUCGGUUGGAUGUGAAUACCUGCUGUGUUACUCUGAAGUACUGUACACUGGUGAGCCCACACGAUCAUGUCAUCCCCUGGUGCCAGUACGAUGAUGGCGAGUACGGUGAAUCACCUCUGGUCCCUGGAUGAUAUUCUUGGUCAGGGGGCGACGGCAAGCAUUUACAAAGCACGAAACAAAAAAACAGGUGAGCUGGUUGCCGUGAAGGUCUUCAACCUGGUGAGCUACAACAGGCCGUAUGAAGUUCAGAUGAGAGAGUUUGAGAUGUUGCAGAGGCUCAAUCACGUCAACAUUGUUAAACUCUUUGCUGUGGAGGAGAUGCAUAUGAACCCAAAGCAGAAGGUUCUGGUGAUGGAGUUAUGUUCAGGUGGUAGUCUGCUGAACCUGCUGGAGAAACCUGAAAAUGCUUUUGGACUUUGUGAAUCAGAGUUUCUCAUCGUGUUACAGUGUGUGGUCCAAGGUAUGAACCAUUUGCGGGAAAAAGGGGUGGUGCACAGAGACAUCAAACCUGGAAAUAUCAUGAGGCAGGUCGGUGAGGAUGGAUGCUCGGUGUACAAGCUGACAGACUUUGGUGCUGCUAGAGAGUUGGAAGAUGAUGAGAAGUUUUUGUCAAUAUAUGGCACAGAGGAAUACCUGCAUCCUGAUAUGUAUGAGCGAGCUGUAUUGAGAAAGCCGCAGCAGAAAGCUUAUGGAGUUUCUGUGGAUCUUUGGAGUAUUGGUGUCACCUUCUAUCACGCUGCAACUGGCAGCCUUCCUUUCAUACCGUUUGGAGGCCCACGGAGAAACAAGAAAACCAUGUACAAGAUCACAACAGAAAAGCCAGAGGGAGCCAUUGCAGGUGUACAGAAAGCGGAGGACGGCCCUAUUGAAUGGAGCUACACGAUGCCACAGUCCUGCCAGCUCUCAGAAGGUUUAAAGACUCAACUGGUUCCAGUGUUGGCCAGCAUACUGGAGGCCAAUCAGGAGAAGUGCUGGGGCUUCGUCCAGUUCUUUGCCGCCACCUCUGACAUUCUGCACCGCAUCACAAUCCACGUCUUCUCUCUCCAGCGUGCCACAACACACAGCAUCUACAUCCGCUUCCACAACACAGUCUCCAUCUUUUUUGAGGAUGUUCAAGUUCAGACUGGGAUUGAACCUGAGUUUCAGCAGUACCUGUUUCAGGGUCAUCGUCUCAUAUUGGAGCCAAGCAUGAAAGUAGUCAACCUCCCGCCUACCAGUCCAGAUCGACCAAUCAUUUUGAUCAGCCGACAGCCGGAGAAACUAGUUGGACUUCAAUACAGAGAGCCUGAAUCCCCUAAUAUGCCUACUAGGUUUGAUGUAAUGGCAGAUUACACUUUCUCAAAGACAAUUGUUGGAGUCAUCCAUCAGUAUUUGCGGAUAGCUCGAUCCAUGCAGAAGUACAGAGAGUUGAUUCUGCACGGAUUUUAUAUCUACAUUGAAACCACAGGUAUAGAAAGCAGUAAUAUGGCACAGAGGAUUGCCAUGGUGAAUAUGAAGCUGCUGUCCUGCAUAGGCACAGAGGAAAACCUCCACAGAUUCACACACAAGUUUGCACAUGAGUUUCCAGAUCUCACAGACAAUAAGAAGAAGCUGACCCUGAUUGAAGAAGAUCUGAAGAGGAUGUACGGCAGUGGAAUCAAAGAGUUUCAGAACCAGCUACAACAUUUGCACGUGAUGCUGUUGAAACACUCGGAGACACUGGCACAAGACAAGAGCAUUCAGAAGAUGGAGGUUCUGAUGGGAAAGAUUGCUGCUGUACAUCAGCGGUACUGCAAAGACAGAGUGACAGGAAAGCUCAGCUAUAAUGACGAACAGAUUCACAAGUUUGAAAAGCUCAAUUUAUCUUCAUACAUAAAGAAGUUGAAGGCUUUAUUCAAGGAUGACUGUUUGCAAAAAUACCAGGAUGUUCUGAUGGCUGCAUCGAACUGGAACAGAGUUCUGCAUGAGAUGCAGUCAAGUUUAGAGCACUUCAGUGGUGCCCUGCGACAGCGGAUGGGAGAUCUGCAUGUGUGUGAAGCCCAGCAGAGCAAGGUUUUGGACCAAGCUGUGCUCAGAGCUCUCCAGCAGCCAUUAGGAGCCGAGGGCAUGGACAGACCAAAAAAUGAAGACCACAUGAUUCUCCGAAUGAAUAGAUUGAAAGGCGAGAUGGAGGCCGUGGCACGAGAACUACAGAGUAACAACAACAUUAUAGAGAGCCUUGGAGUAGUUACUGCUAAACUGCCAAUGGAGAGAAAAGUACCUCAACCCAAAAGACCAUGAGGAUCUUUGAGACUACACAAUACCACAAUGAAAGAAAAUGGAAAGAGAAAGCGAAAGAAAGUGGCUAGAAUACAAAAGUCAUCUCAAAACAGAACUGUUUUCAAAGUACUUUUGUAAACUACAUUUAUAUUUUUACCCAAAAACUUUCUCUCAAAAGCCAAGAGUAAAUCCACAACAAUUCCAAAAUGUCACUACAGGUCAAUAUUCAUACAGCAGCAGUUCUCCUGAGUAAUCUAGAGACACUGUUGAUGGCAUUGUGCGUUCAGCCGACAAUAAUGUUGUAAUUAUUGCACAGCCAUGAAAUAAAGCGAGAGCCGUUAAAUCCACCCGGUGUAAUUGAUUCCGUUUGGAAAAGAGAACAGCACAAAUUGAAUUAGUCUAUUGAUCACAGCUGAGUAAUCACACAACACGGAGCAAUACAAAAAGUUUUAUGUGGUCAGAUUGUGUUUUGGAUUCUGUGUUUUAUUUGUUUGACAGUGUUGAUCCGGGCUCUAUGUGAACAGCAGACACGACUCCAAAUAUUAUCAUCAUGACAGGAGUCAACUGUCUCAUUUAAUGUUAUUUCAGUUUACAGUAAGAUAUGACUUGUAGGGUGAAAUUUGUGUUGGAUGGGUUUUGAUGUUGUGUUAUAUGGUUUGAGUGAAUGGGGAAUUCCUGGCUCAUGGGGAACUACCAUGUCUGGUGACAUCACAGAGACCACUGUGGUUCAGCUACAUUUGUGUGUUUGUCUACAUAUGGAAAUUUUUAUCAACGUUGUUUAUUGCCUUUUUUGUAUGUGUUGUAAUAAAUCUUCACUUUCUAGUGUAAGGUAUGUUUAUAUAUAUUUAUCUAAACAUACUAUUUAUAUACCUCUAAUACAUUUUACAUUUUAAUCAAAUCUGUGAAACA